CGUAGAUGUUUUGUGUAUAUAAAUUUGUUGUCUAUAUUUACUACUUAUACAGUCAUAUGUGUCCUGUGUUUGGAAGUAGUAAAAUAAUAACAAAGCAAGAGGAAAAGUAUAUUAGAUAUUAUAUUUUUCAUAUUCGUAUUGGCAUGAUUCGGAUAACAAUUACUACCGAAGAUGGAUCAGGCAUCAUUUGCUGAGAAACUCAAAAUCAAUUUUGGGGUGACCACAAAUUUGAGGGAUGUAGAGUUCAAUGAAUGCAGCAUCAAAAAAUAUAGUGACCUAAAUGAAAAUGUAUUUGGAGAAAAGAAUUUUCUUCUAUAUACUUGUGAUAUUUCUAUAUACAAUUUAUCAUUCUUAAUAAAAGUGUUAUCAUUUAACUAUGAAAAGAGAAAUGAGAUUUUGAAACUGGAUAUUGAAGUACCUGACAAAGAAGUGGAGAAAGAAAUAGCAAGGACAAGGAAUUACUUAAAACGAUAUAGAAAUCUAAAUGAAGCCAUAAGAUUGUUGAUCCAAACAUCAAAGUUUUUGGAAACAAGAAGACUAAUAACAGACAUUUUAUUUAAUAAAGAACCUUGCAUUACAUUGAGCAGACUGGAUGAUGGAGGAUUGUGCGUACAGUAUUUAAAAGAAACUGACAGUUUGUGUGUAAAGAUCUUGGUAGGAUGGAGAAUAGAUAGAGAUAUGAAUACAAAUACAAUAAUAGACGUUAUAGAAGUUUUCUACAAUAAUUUCAAUUUGCCUAAUGCCUCAGUAAUCAAAAACAUUCUGACUUCAUUAACCCAUCCAACACUUGACUUCCACAAAAAGCUGAAGCUGUGGAAGUUGCUAAUUGGAUGUCUUCAGGGCAAACAAACUUCCUUGGCAAGGACACAAUCAAGGAGAGUUGUUAGAAGUACCUCAGAUGCUGACAAUAUAAUUGUGAUAUCUGACUCUACAUCUACAGUUACUGACAAUGAACAAGCAAGUUCUAUAAAAGAAGCAAAUGUUAUUUGUACUUCUGGUAUUGAGGUUCAGACUAUAGACUUAGAUUCUUCAGAGGCAGAUGGGGUAAUUGUGAUACCAGAUUGUAGGGAAGAGACAUGCCCUUCUCCAAGAAAAAAAAGAAGAGUAGCAGGGGCGCAAGCAGACCAGGAGGCAGACUCAACAACAGUAGUUGUUAUUGACUAGCUGCAGAUAAUAAAAGAGUUAUUCAGCUCAGGCGGAAUGGAAAAUUGGUUAGAGUUGAACAAAAAAUGUAUAUUCAACAAAUUUUGGUUUGGUUUGAAAAAUAAUAAUUUGUCUAUUAGUCAAAACUUCAUAUGUGUAUUUGGAGUAAACUAUAAUAAUGUAUGCCUCAUGUAUCCUUAUUUAUCAUUUCAGCAUUGAUAGCUUCCAUUAAAAGUGAAGAGCAUGAAAUAUACAAAUGCUACACUAUAAAUAAGAUUGCAAAUGGCUUGUAAUCUGACUUUGCUGUCGAUACAAUAUCAUAUGAUAAUCCAUUUGAUGGGAAUAGUCAAUAGAGACCUAUGGUUCUGUAUAUUCACUUAUAUACUAUGAUUUCAAUUUUCUGACUUAGUUGAUAUCUACUGCCUGCUGAUACAAACAUAGUGACAAAUUAGAGGAUGUUCUGAAAAGUAAAGCCUCCUCUCCACAAUAACUUACCCUUACAUAUGGAAAUCGAAGGGAUCAGGGAUUGGCAUGCUGGAGCCUGUGCAUCAAAAAUACUGUUCACUCGCAGUUCGGGUUUUUAUUGAUCUAGGCAAAUAGAUGUAUAUUGUGACUACCUUUCAUCUCGAAUGAGAAAAUUGUGUAUGACUGGUAGCAUCCGUAUAUCAGUAGGCAGAUUUAGACCAUUGUAAAUAGGUCGCGUGUAAGUGAAUUGAAAAGAUGAGGAUAUGGAUAAGUUCAGAUGACGCGCAUGAGACGUAUGUUUACGUAAUGCUGACGACGCAGGGAUAGGGAUAAUUUUCUCACGCGUGUUUCCAUUUGAACUGCAAGUUUGAGUCUUUUAAAAGCGAACGUUAUGCUCACGCGCGUCAUCUGAAAAAGUAGACUAUAAAAGUUGUGCUGACAUUUUGGGAUUUAUUUAUCAAGUAUAUUAUAUGAGAUGUGUUAAAAAAAUAUGAUGAUCGAUUGUAUUACGAGCAAAUUAUUCAGCUCAAAUCAAAUUUAGAUUAAUCUCCUCCAAAGUACUCUCCGUGUCUAGCGAGGCAUUUAUCCAAUGGUGGUUCUGUUGUUGGAAGCAUUUCUGAAAGUCUUCUUGCAGAACGACGCUCAGCUGCUCUUUCCUAGCUCUUUUAUUCUCUGGAAUGAUGUCAAAAAUCUUAAUUUCCUUUCAGUAGGUUUUUUUUUAUUUUUGAGAAGAGCCAGAAAUCGCAUGGUGCGGAGAAUAAGUCGGAUAUGAACAGUCAUAUUUUUAACCAAAAAUUUGCGAAUCAGAAGCGAUAUGUGGCUCGGUUUGUUGUUGAAAUUGUGAUGAUGAAAGAGAAAACCGUUGGCCAAUUUUUGAGUCCCUGUCUGCGUACAUUGUUUCGCGAACGAUGUAAUAUUAACUUGUUUCACUUUGAACGUACUAUGACCACAUCACAAAACAUAUACAGUGAUCGCACUAUACCCCCGCUAUUAAAAAUAACACGAUAUUAACGUUCAACUUUGGCUGACGCCUUUUUGAGGUGAGGAGAGACAUUUUGCAUUAGCAGCUUUACAUUUUUGUUUGAGGGUCAUAAUAUAUAGCCAUACAGCUUUCAUCUCCAUCAAUUAUAAUUUUGGCCAUGUAGUCCAGACCCUUGAAUUCCAUUCAAACUGAGCCGAGUUCCCUUCUGCUCGUCGCCCAAACUCUAAGGACAAAUUUUACAGUGAGUCAUCUGAUUUGAAAAUUAUCGGUGAAAAUGCUUUGUCCGGGACCCAUACGAGAUGUUUACUUCUUCGCCAUGCUCUCGAAUCAUCAAUCACCUGUUUGAUAGAGCCGUUUUUCGUACUUUUUGCAUGUUUCCGUUGUUUUUUGAGGUCGAAGGAUGCUCCUUUGCUUGUCUUCAACCGACUCAUUUCCGCUUCUGAAUCGGUCUUACCAUUUAUUAGACAGCCUUCACAGUCACCAAAUUAUCAGCAAAAUUGAUGAUGCACUACAAAUACAAAAAGUACGACUUCGCUCUGGAAGCUAAUAAGCAAGUCGCAACUUGUCCCACAGAGUAUCUAACUGAAAUAGACUAUCAAACUUUAAUGGAUGUAGAUACAGCAAAUUUCUAAAUAUAAAAAUUAAUUCAUCGUUUUAAUGAUACCUGGAAUAUCAUACGUAUCUAUUUUAUUAUAUCAGAGUUUUAUAUAUUAUGCUUUUGAAAAUAAAAAUGAACAUAUUGUUUUUACUUAUUCUCAUAACUGAUCAUUCACUAGUUGCAGGUCCGAUUAUUCAAACCACGAUUAUUUUUAUCUAAACACGUUUGCUAAAUCACCAAGUUUUAGCUCUACUAUUGGUCGGUAAGCUAUAUAGGCUCGUAACAAAAUGAGCUAAUAGGAGUGCAAGAAUAUGGGAAUCGUGUUUGCUUUGACGCAAUGCUGAUGCGAUUUGAUAAUAUACAGUGGCGAAGCGUCCAUGUAACCAUUGUUACCAUUGGCAAC